AUGAACGAAUUCCCUGAUUAAAUAGAUAUUUCAAAAUUAAGAGUUGAUUUAGGUGAUCAAUGGAAUGAAACUGAGUUAGAGGUUUUUCUUAAAAGUAGUUAUCUAUACAUGAAUGAAUAUUAGUCUUCAGAUAACAAAAAUUAGCUGGAGUUGGAAGAAUGUAGGAAAUAUUAAAACAACUUGGAUAUUAAAGAACAAUCACAAAUUUAUUGUCGAUUUAUAAAAAAGUAAAGAAAUAUAAUAGAAAUAGAACAAAAACUUUUUAGAAUCAAACCAAAAUUGUACAGCUCAUGAUUUGUAUUUGAUUUUAUAAGAUCAUUAUCAAUAAGAUGAAGAAAUUAGUUAUGAUUAAGGAUAGGCUAAAAGGAUUAAGAAAAAUAAGAAUUGUAAUAUAUUCUCUCUUAAAAAUUAGGUCGUAAAUCAAUUCCUUAAAAAUUUGAAGUCUUUGAAAAUGAAAUUGAUUUAACUUAUUACUUUACAACAACUCUUUGUAAUUAGAAUAGAUGCGUUAGUAAAGGUUAGGAAAUGAGCUAAAAUGUAUUGAUUUUAAUGAUUUCAAGUUUUGUAAGUGGAUUCAACAUGAAUACUUUUAUUCUCAUUUAGAUUAUACAUAUUUUAGUCUAAAUGAAUUUAGACAAAUGUUAAAUAAAGCUAAUGUAUAAUUAGACAAGAAAUCAAUUUAAGAGUGGAGAUAGAUUAAAUUGGUAUGUAUAUAUAUAUACAAAAAAUUUAGGCGAUAGGAUAACCAAGGAGAUUUUCAUUUUAUUUUUUAUAAUAAGAGAUGAGUAAAUUAGCAAAGUAUCGAUCAGUGAUACGAAAUUACUUAUUUGAUCACAACUACCCAAUUCAUAGAGAUAUUAAAAAUUUAGAUUUAAUUCGAGACAUUGUAAGAUUGGCUCCCUUUAAUAUUGGAUAAAUUGUAUAUGCUGUUCAUCCUGAAUGUAAACAUAUACAUCCAGGUUAAAUUGUAUCUACUAAUUUACCUAGUAUUACAAUCAAAUUCUUAUAACCUGAAUUAGGAAUUCAUAAGAUUUUUGAUUAGAAUAUUUAGUUGUAAAUAUAUAGAGAAAUAUAAAAAAAAGAGAGGAUAAAUUUUUAAGUAAAUAGAUGAGUGAUGAUCGAUUUGAUAUGUAAUAAUAAAUGAGUUUGAAUCUACAAAAUGAGAGUAAAAAUACUUUGAUUUCAAGUAUUGUAUAAGAAUUCGAUUAUUUUGCUGGUUCUUUUAUGAUAAGGAUUCUGUAGAGGUAUUUUACUAUAAAAAUAAUAAAGAAAAUAUGCUCUUGUAGGUUAUUUAAAAUAACUAAAUUAUGAAUUAGAGAAUAAUCAAAAUCUUAAAAACGAUAUAGAAUUUAAAUCUCUAUAUAGUUGGACUUUUCAAUAGAUACGCAAUUUUGAUUUGGCCUCUAAACAUGUAAUUACUAAGUUUAGAAUGAGAGGUUUAAAUGGAUAUUGUAUAUAAAUUGAUAAUGAUUUUAAUUUUAGCUCUCAGAUAAGUGAACAAUAAUCUUGAUAAGGUUCUAAGUAUGCCAUUAGCCUAUAUGGAGAGGGAAUUAGAUCAAAAUAAUGCAAAAAUUGAGGAAGAAAAAAAAAAUAAUGAAAUUAAACAAAUUAUUUAUAAAUAGUAAGAUGUAUGAUAUUAGUUAUGAUUAUAGGAGAGAAUCAAUUCAUAGUUAAGUUAAUUAUUAAAUAGCAAAUUUUAAUUUUUAGAGAAUGAUAAUUGUAAAGAUAAUUAUUUUAAUUAGAAUAUAAACCAUUGAUUUCUUCUCUAUUUGGAUUACUAUUCACAUUGAAUAAUAAUUCAGAUUUAAAUAUGAAUACAAAUACAUAUUGGCAAACUCUUACAUAAAAUAUUUAAGAUUCACAUCCUUAAUAAUUAAUAGAAAUUCAAGAAUCGAUACUAAGAAUAGUAGGUAAUUAAAGUAAAUGA